AAUCCACCGCUCUCUAAUUCUUUCCUCUUCUGGAAAGUUAUUCACAUGUAAUAGUGGAUUUUUUUAUUUUGCUUUUGGAGUAAAUGGGUAUGUGAAAAUAAUAUUUGCUGAAAAUAAUCCAUUCACCGCUGUCGAAGUUUACCCAGCAAACAUUUACUUCCGCGCUCCAAAACCCGGAGUGUGAAAAACGUCCAUUGAAAGAGGUUCCAGCCAAAGUAGUAAAGAGUUGAGAAGCUUGCCGCACACCGUGUAUUAAGUGAUGUAUUGUCUUAAAAAGUAUUGUUUUGUUAAAGACAGUUCUGUAGGAAGUUCUUCAGUCAAACGUAGUGCACGAAAGUACAGAAAGAAACCUCAUUCUUCUCCAUCGCUAGAGGGCAGUGUAAUUCCCUCCGACUCCUUUCCGCAACAAUUAACCAGCGACAAGUCGCGAAGAAAAGAAACAUGGCCGACUCGGAUAGAAGACGGACUGACAGCAUCAACCAUGCUAAAGAUGGAGGAGAUGCCAAGCUGCAAGAAAUUGCACGAGCGAAGGAGUUGACCAAGGAAGAAAAGCAGCGUCUUAGGAAAGAGAAGAAGCAACAGAAAAAGAACAAGAAAGAUGACAAGGGUCCUCCAGAAAAGGAGAAGCCGUCAGUUCAAGCUCCGUCAAAACCUAUCACACAGAGCCCAGCACAUAAAGCAGCUUCUGCGACUGUAAGUGCAUCUGUGUCCGAGUCUCCUGCGGCUGCAGAGAAGCCUGCAAAGACAAAAGCGGAGCUGCGAGCAGAGCGACGGGCACGGCAUGACACAGAACGUGGGUCAAAACAGGGCAAGAAAGAACCAGGCCUGCAGUCUUCUGGCAAGCUUAAAGCCUCUGCCAGUGAACUUCAACCAGUGGUGAAAAGGUUACCAGAGCAUGUUCAAGUGGACGACCCUGCUGUAGUGAAAAAGUUGGCCAAAAGGCUUGAAAGACAGCAGGUCCCUCUGAGGUCAGACUAUGGCUACAAGGUCAGCCUGUUCUCCCAUCUACACCAAUAUAGCCGAAAAGCCCCUCCCACCCAACAAAUCAGCGUCCCUGCUACAGUUAUUCACCCAUCCAUUGUUCGACUGGGCCUGCAGUACUCUCAGGGCAUUAUAGCAGGGUCCAAUGCCCGAUCUGUGGCCCUACUACAUGCCUUUAAACAGGUUAUCCAAGACUAUAGCACGCCUCCAAAUGAAGAGUUGUCAAGGGACCUUGUAAACAAGCUGUCGCCCUAUAUCAGUUUUCUCAGCCAGUGUCGCCCCCUAUCAGCAAGCAUGGGAAAUGCAAUCAAGUACAUCAAGAAGGAAAUUUCAAAUAUUCCAAGUCAGUGCAAAGAAGACGAGGCAAAAGGGAAGCUGCAGACAUGUAUUGAUAGUUACAUAAAUGAGAAGAUAAUUUUGGCCUCCCAAGCCAUUUCUAAAUAUGCUAUUGAGAAGAUAAGUAAUGGUGAUGUCAUUCUGGUUUAUGGAUGCUCUUCACUUGUCAAUCACAUUCUGUGCGAAGCUUUUGAGAAGCAGAGGAAGUUCAGAGUCAUAGUUGUUGACAGUCGGCCCAGGCUGGAGGGCAGAGAGGCGCUGAGGCGUCUGGUGAAGAGAGGCAUCCAGUGUACUUAUGUGCUCAUAUCUGCCUUGUCCUACAUUCUGCCUGAAGUAUCCAAGGUAUUUCUUGGUGCCCAUGCACUUCUUGCCAAUGGAUAUGUCAUGUCACGUGUUGGAACUUCCCAAAUCGCCCUGGUAGCAAAGGCUUACAACGUACCAGUGCUGGUCUGCUGUGAGACCUACAAGUUCUGUGAACGAGUGCAGACGGACUCCUUUGUGUCCAACGAACUAGAUGACCCUGAUGACCUGAUUGUGACCCGAAAUGGGAACACCCACCUAGAAAACUGGCAGACUGUUAAAUCGCUGGGGCUUCUGAAUUUGGUGUAUGACGUGACACCACCAGACUUUGUGGACCUUGUGAUAACUGAUUUGGGCAUGAUCCCUUGCACUUCUGUGCCUGUGGUACUGCGAGUCAAGAAUGUCGAUCAGUGAAGAGCAGAUAAAAGCUGUUUCCCUCUUGCAUCUGCACAUAAAAGAGUCUGUGCACACAGGGCUUCUGGCAUAAAAUAAACAUCUAUGAAAUGGAACUAGCUUUUCAAACAAAGCCUCUGUUUAUUUCUUCACUGGCAGGAUCCUUUAAAACACUGAACAAUUUUGAAUUGUAAAACUGAUCCAAUUCCAGUAUCCCACAGAUGACGUAGUCCAUUUCAAUCCAUCUAAUGAACUUUUUUUUUAGGAAAAGUCUUAAGUACAAGAAUUGUUGUAAAUGGGAUCAAGAUUGUCAGAAAUAGCUUCUAGUCCUUUUACCAAGUCAUCUGAAUUUAAUAUUAAUCGAAUAAAAUUUUGGCCCAUCAUGAGUGUCAGUGCAUAGGCAGAAACAGUGUUAGAAACAUCUAUAUUCUUAUUUGUAUAACUGCUGUUGCCGAAGUCCUUUCAUAGAUGUGAAGGGAAAAGAGUGGUUAAGAGCAUGAUAUACGUUAGUUAUGGUGCAAAUGUGUAUAGGACCACCUCUUAAUAUGUUGCAUAAGGUACUUUUUAUAUUACCAGAACCCUGGAAGAGCUAUAGAAAAAUAAAUGGUUUGUAUAAAA